UCUUGGCGCCACUUUCACCUUCCUGUGUACUUCCGGAACAAAUGAAGGCCGUUGAUAUACACGUCGGCUUUUAUGGGAUUAUUGUGAUUGCGGUUUGUGUGUGUAAAAUGUUGAACUUCUUAAGUAUUCAAUGCGGCUACUAUUAAUAUGUUGGAUACUUUUUUAGUGUACAACCCGUUCAAACUAAGGAAAUACAAAGUUAUGGCAUUGACUGUAGUUCUAAUGUCCGGCAUUUAAGCUCCCAAGUGGGAGUGGUUCGGAUCUUGGGAACACUGUUCUCAAUUGAUGAGAAGCUUUUAAACAUCUUUUAUUGAAGUCAAGUGAUUAGACUUUGGAAGUGUAGUGUUUGUGGAGCUAGGCGAAGUGAUUAGUGACAUUUAGUUCAAGUGGAUUUUCUCCAGUAAGGUUUCGGUGAUCAUGCUGUCCAACGUAUGGGUAUAUGUUAAAGCUUGAAGAGACGAGAAAACUGCUUGGAUGAAAAAUGGCAACUGUUAAAUUAAGUAUACAUGAUAAAAAGGAACUAGAUAAAUUUACAAAAUUUCUUGUUUUAAAAGCUGCGCAAAUAAUUAUUCAGUCGAGAUUAGGUGAGAAAGUGCACACCAAAUGCAAACCACACUCAACGGGGACAGAUUGGGUAAGCGGCAAUAAAGAACCCACUUUUAAUCUGGCAAUAAAGGAUCUUCCCGAAGUGCUUGCAGAAGCCAAAAAGGCGUUGAGCGGUGAAAUGGCGUCUACUCACACGUCGCUGUGUGUGGAAAUAUCACUACGGACUGUUGAGGGCGAUGCAAUGGUAUUAGAGACUUGGUGUUUAGCUGUGUUACCGGACCAGUGUGAUACAUCUGCGAGAGUUACAUAUACAGUAUACAACAGAAUGGGCAUUUUGUUAAAGUCACUUGUUUCCGUGACUCGAGUUACUCCAGCAUACAAGUUGUCAAGAAGACAGAGCCCGGACUCCUAUGUAAUUUGUUAUAGAAUAUAUGUGGGAGAGCCCCAACUUCACACUCUCGGUGAAGGCUACAACAAACUGAGAGUUGGACAGCUGUGCACACCUGUAGGCACAAUACAUCUUACGGUGGCAUACAGAACAAAAAUGACUAUCUCACCACAACACACAGGCAAAGAUAGCUCCAUAAUGUUGAAAAGUGAUCAUUUCCACUCUGACCUCAGUCCCAAGCAUGGACGAUACCAACAAAGUGAAGACAAUGCCUCAUCUCUGUCAGAAACCAUGAAGCUUGGAGCAUUUGCGGAUAGUAAAAGGCAUCCUUUGAAAGCAGUUGAACCAGAGCUCAUUAUUCCAAAUGUUCCAUUCAGUAGUUUGUUAACUCCAAAGCAACAAUCACCAUUACAAAGUCCAAUGCCACAACAGCAAAACAAAGAUCAGCAACAACCAUCAAGGGAAAGUGAAGCGGAAGACGAAGGGAAUGGUAAUCUUACACCUCACUGUCAUUCACCAACAGAAUCAAGGCGAUCGAGCUGUUCUGUAAACGAAGAUUUUAUUAUGGUGGACUUGAAAACCCCAUUUGCUGGGAGCAAUGCCAACAGUGACUUAGGAGCAUUCUAUCGUGAAUGUCAGAGUGCUCCCCAGCUCAAGACUUUCAUGGAACAGCCAACUCUUGCGGAACAAGUUAGUGACAUCUCAAAGACACUUGAAGCAUUCGAAUCAAGUAUGCGUGAAUAUGAUGAUAUGUUAAAUUCUCUUUGUAUAAAUGAUAACAACAACUAACCUAGCACAGACCAUGAAACUAUGUAUUUAGAUGUGUAAUAUACAGAUUACAUGAGAGACUGUGUGUGUGUGUGUGUGUGUGUGUGUGUGUGUGUGUGUGUGUGUGUACGUACAUCUCAUACAUGAAAAUGGCAUAUCAAGAGUUGUCAGGCUAGUUCUCUCUCUCCCU